AUGUCGCCAAUGGUAACAUGUGAAAUAUGUAAACAGAAAAUUGAAUCGAAAAAAGCAUUACUUUGUUCACGAUGCAAAAAAUAUUUUGAAUUUGACUGCACCGGUUACUCUGAAAAACUAUACUUGUUAAAAGACAUAGACUCGAGAAAAAAAUGGAUGUGCAAAAUAUGCAAAGAAAACUCAAAGCCAAGUAACACAGAGCCUUCUUUCGUUACAACGAGGAAAAAACCAUUUACGCCAGAAAUUGCCAAGAAAAACUCACCCGUCGUUACGCAAACGCCAAUACAGUCGACACCAAAAAACACAUCAUGCCAUUCUGAAGACUCACAUGUACUUACACUACAAAAUAUAUCUUUGGAUAACUCACCUUCAAUGUCAGACCAACUACUCUCAAGAAGUAUGUAUUGCACAGUUACAGACGCAAUCGAUGUUCAAGAAUUAAAAGAAACUAUUAACGGAUUACAAUUAGAAUUAGCUAGUACACAGGAGGAAUUGGAAAACUAUAUAUUAGAAAAUAACGCCCUUCGAGAUCAAAACUCUAAACUUCUAAAAGAAAAUAACGUCUUAAAAACGCUGUGCCAAUCUCCAAUACAAGAUAAUAGUAUAAUAAAAAGCACCAAGAAAAAAUCUAAGCCGUAUACGCAAUUAACUAAAGUCAGUUUACUCUCACCACCCAGUUCACCUACACAGAGACAGUCUCUUAUAACCGAUGAUCAGUUGAACCUGCAACGGCAAAUCACAGAGUUUCAACAAAAAUUGAGCGAUGUGCAAAUAGAAAUUGAAACCCUCAAUAAACAUAUUCACAAGUUAAAACUAAAAUUGCAUGACACGAAUUCAUCGCGUUCACCACCCUGUAAUAAAUUGACCCCUACACCUGCUAAGAAAAACGAUAACGGGAAAAGAAUAUUUAUCUACGGAUCACAACAGUGUGUUGGCCUAUCCUCAGCUCUAAUCCGAUCAAGAAAAAAUACUACGUAUGAAAAGUAUACAAUUACAUCUCAAACGAAGCCUGAUGCCCUGACUACAGAUAUUUUAAAAGACUGUCAUAACGUUGAUUUAACGCCCAAUGACAAACUAAUAUUAUGUAUUGGUGAAAAUGACUACGAUAUAAAAAUUUUGACAUCCCAACUUCGGAAAUUAUUAACUACUUUUAAAAAUAAUGACAUACUCUUGUUAAAUGUAUUUAAAAAUAAGUAUAUUAAUAUAUAUGCCUUAAAUAAUAGUAUACUAAAAAUAUGUAAUGAAUUUAAAAGAUGCCAUUUUGUGACAUGUACAAAUGAAACUAUUUUUGACAUGUGUAAUUCAAUUAAUUUUCUUAUUGACUAUAUUGACUACGAAAAAAAGUAUCUGGAUGUACGUGAAAUAAAAAAGUUGAUAGGACGUGACAAUAAUCCAAUGACACAAAAAACUGGAGUAAACAUAUAUCCUAAAGGAACAAUUCCUUAUUAUUUUAAACGUCAAUCCACAUUUACUACUACUACUAAAACCGAGGUAAAAAAACCCAAACCCAAGUAUCUUAUUACUGACUUCUUUCCUAUAGAUAAUAAGAAAAAUUUUUUUCGAGUCCCAAACAUAUAA